GGUGCUGUAUGUUUCCAUCAUAUUUACUACAAAUAUAAUACAAUUUAGUAAUUAAGCCUGCGUAAACAGAUUGGAAAAAGAGGAGUCUGCCUCUUUCUGAAGCACACUCUGAAAUAUUUAAAUACAUCCUGCUUUAGUUGUUGCUACGUUAUCAGGACAACCACAUAUAAAGCAAAGACAUCCCCAAUGAUACAGACAUAAGAGAUCACUAAUGCAACACUGAGUGCUAUGUAAAGGAUUAUGGAGAAGCUGGUUUCCUGAGUCCAAUACACUGUUAAUGCAUUUGUUUUGCAUGUGCUCAGAUAAGUGCUUUAUAAUUACAUCAUAUCCAAAGUGAGAGAAAAAUCCACAUUUAUGUGUGUAUGUGUUUAGCCUUUCUUUUUAUAUGAGUGACUUCUCACGUCUCAAGCUUUAAUUAUUCAUACAAAUGUGUGUAAUAAAUUUGCACAUUACUUAAAUAUGUUUGACAUUUAUUUGAGCACUAAAUAAAUAUGAUGAAUGAAAAUGAAGAUCACCUUUUUAGUCUCUUGCAACUUGUAGCAGUUAUUACCUAUAUCUAUUGAAUAGACUAGCUCAUAGCAAAAAUGGGAAAUGGAUGCAUUACCAAUACACACAGCAGAAAUGACAUUUAGGAGCAAAUGGUUUUUGGUCAAAGCUCUGACCACUGAUUGCCAUUAGUUGAGCAUUAGGUAGUGUAUGGCAGAUGAGAGGCCUCGUCUGGUUGAUCAAUAGCAUUUAGUGUCCACAGUAAUAUGGGCGAGGCAGAUAAUACACUGUAAGAUAAGUCUUCAGUCGCAUAUCGGAUCCUUCCAAGACAGGAGCUUGUUCAGAUGGAGGCGUCAAGGAUGUCAGACCUGGAGAGCAGCAUGGUCACUAUUAUCCAGGCUUUCCACAAAUACUCGGGUCACAAGUGUAAGUUGAAGAAAGCGGAGCUUAAAGCACUCAUCAACAACGAGAUGAACCAUUUCAUAAUGAAAAUCCAAGAGAAUGAAACGCUGGAUGAGCUGUUUGCCGAUCUUGACCAGAAUGGAGACCUGGAGAUUGACUUCAAGGAGUUCAUUGCCCUCAUCGCCAUGGUCACCUCAGCAUGCCACGAACUCUUCGUCCCGAGCCACCAUGAUAAUUAG